ACUCAUAGCCACAUUAGCUGAGAGACAUCUCAUUGUACGCUGAUAAUAUUAUAGCAGAGAUUACCACUUAUAGUUCGAGAGAAAUAAAAUGAACACUUACUUGCCUUUAGCAGUUGUCGCAUUCUUCGGGUUCCUGCAACUUGGAACUGGCAUGCAGUGCCAGCGACACCUAGAGGAAUAUUCCAAUGUCACGUGGUCAGACGAAAGAAAAAGUGGCGCCAUCGCGCGGCUGACAAGCUGCCUUAUAACCAGCUACUACGCCAUAGGCUCACCUUUCGGGGAGGAGUUCGCGCUGGCCAUGGAAAGCGCGGCGAAAGACGGCGUCCAAAACAUCUGCAAAUGGAAAAGCUCUUUCGACGUGGUGACAAAAAUCAACGAAGCCGUUGAUGAAGAUCUGAUCGCUCAGGGUCAAGAGAUGAAGAUCCAUGCGUUUGAUUUCUUGAUGAAAAACAUCCAAAAUAAGACGAAAGCUUGUGGGCAGCUUCCGGAAUUGGUUUCGCUUCUGCUGGUAGAGAGCGGACUUCCGGCAAAUAAAACGACCAUACGAAUGGGAACCUACCUACUCUCUCACUUCAUUAAAUCACGACUUAACAUCCGCUGUAAACAAAAUGAUGCCAGAAAAUAUUUAAAAAGUCUGUGUUAG